AUCUUGGAUAAUCCUUCUUCUCUCCACGCGCUCUUGGUCGGUCCAUCAAUGAUUCGAGAUACCCGUGUGCCCGAUACGCACGCUCUCUCAUACCGCCUCGUGGAUGACAUCGGCAAAGGUAGACACAAAGCAUUCUUCACGACAGCAAUUAGACCAUAGCUCUCAUGAUCACAGAUCCUCGACCAUAAAACGUCUUCCGCAUGAUGUUAUCAAUACUAUCAAAUCCUCCACAUACAUCACUUCACUAGAGGACGUCGUAAAGGAGUUGAUAAAAAACUCUUUGGAUGGCAAUGCAUCCAGGAUCGAGAUAGCUGUAGAUCUUAGUAAGGGCUCUUGUGUAGUAGAGGACGAUGGUGAUGGAAUUGAGCCCAAAGACUUUGUAGAGGGCGGUGGGCUUGGCCAGAUAUAUCAUACUUCCCGUCAUGGUUCAGGCGACCAGAGUCAUGGCCGUCAUGGCGUUUUUCUGACGUCUCUCAGUGCGUUGUCUUUGCUCACAAUCACUUCUCGCCACCAUCUGCAUCGAUCAAGCAACACGAUAGUCUUACAGCAGUCCAAGACAGUUGCACGAUUACUUCCAGCGCCUCCGCGCCACGAGCUCUCUUUCGGUGCCCAUGGAACUCGUGUAACUGUAUCUAAUCUGUUUGGUUCUAUGCCCGUACGAGUCAAACAACGUGCGGCCAAUACGAACCACACCAAAUGCUUCGAUACUUUGAAGAGAGAUAUCGUCGGUCUCCUUUUGGCUUGGAGGUCAAGUGUCCGUGUUCGUCUUCAGAGUGCUGACGGCUCUUUUCAAGUAAUCUUGAGUCAGGUUCUGGCUGUGGCACCUAGUAGAUUUGAUACGCCAGUUGAAAGACUGACUUCCGUUCAGAACUUGAAAGCGGCCCCAUUGCUAUUGGCACAGGCUGGCUAUAUCAAACACCGUGACUUAAGUUCUUGGGUUCCAGUAUCAGCGACCACGCCGUGUAUCACGAUUAGAGGAGUGAUAUCUGUGGAGCCAGCACCAACAAAAGUCACGCAAUUUAUCUGCUUAGGUAUCAGACCUGUUCCGCGAGAAUCUCACAAUGAGCUCUUUGAUUGCAUCGACCGAGCCUUCAAUAAUUCUUACUUUAGUGUGGAUGCUAAUGUCAGCGAUGAUGAUGCCAGAUAUCCGUCGUGCAGACCUGGACGUCCGCCACCGAUCCAAAAGAGGAGCUCGCGAAAGGCCGUAGAUCGAUGGCCGAUGCUUGUGAUCUUCAUCGAUAUGAAGUCUACCUUCGAAUAUUCUGUGCUUGAUGUGGCGUCUCCCGAAAGCCAAAGCUCGCUACACAAAGUCGUCGGCGUCUUAGACAGCAUGUUGUUCCAGUGGCUGUCGGCUCAUCAUUUCAAGCCACAACAACGAAAGAUGAAGUCUGAGAACUUGGAAAUACUCAAGAGCUCAUCUAUGCCCCUAUCGGCCUCUGUAUCAAAGUUGAGCACUGCAUCGGCGAAUGUGCGGAGUCCAUCCGGCGGCACUUCUCAAACGGAUGAUCACAUUGUCAAUCACAGUGCCAACAGAUCCCGGCAUAAUUUCAGUGAUUGGAGCAGGAUCAAGAGUGGCAACAGCCGAUUCCUGGAGAACAUCUGGAAUAAAGGACCAGUGUGCGCGGACUCGACGGGCAGUUCCAAAGAGACAGGGCAGUCUUCCCCUUUCACCUUCCAUAUCAACCUUCCGAAAUCUACGAACACGAACAGGUCGUCAGCCGACACCAAGAAAGCAUCCAUUCCAUGUGUGACCCAAUGCGCUGACGCAGACGUAAUUCGUAUGGAUUCCGAUGAGUCUAGGUCUAAAGACGACACAAUCAGCUGGUUGGAUCCUAGCUCGAAGGUAACAACGCUAAUCAACGCGAGGACUGGUUGUAUCUUGACAGAUAAACCCUCGAGGAAGGCUACAAUUUCAGCAGGCUCAUCGCAGAUUGCUCGCUUCUCGAGAGUUCCUUUACGCAAUGAACAGAAGCAUAAGCAAGCUGCCGACGACAAACGAACGCCUUGGCUUGAUGAUUUCCUUACCAAGUGGAAGAAUCCUGUGUUAGAGACCACGGAGAAAAGAAUCCCUUCCGUGUUCCACGAGAGUAUGGGAAGCGAAGACACCCACAGAGGGCAGAAAGCGCUCGAUGCUGCAUUUGCUUAUUGUCGAGAGCAUCCGAUGAAAAACAUGGGUGCUAUAUCUCGGGGCGCCCUGGCCACUGCGAAAGUCAUUGCCCAGGUCGACAGGAAGUUCAUACUCGUCGACCUGGGAACAUCAUCCGAACAGGACAGCCAUGAACCAUCCAAGAAGCGACAGCUAGUCCUCGUUGAUCAACAUGCUGCAGAUGAGAGGUGUCGGGUCGAAGAGCUAUUAGCAGAGUUCUGCGCCUAUUGUAGUGCACAAAUCGGCACACUAUCACCACCACCACCACUAAUACGACUACCAAAGCCUAUCCAUUUCGAAGUAUCGUCCAAGGAUGCCACCGCUUUGGAAGCGGCCAUACCCUUCUGGACCGGAUGGGGCAUCAUCUACGAUCUCGAGACCAGCACUCCAGAUCGAUGCGUCCGAAAGAUGACCGUCAAAUCACUCCCGCCCACCGUCGCCGAACGCUGCAAACUAGACCCCAAGCUCCUCCUCUCAAUUCUCCGCGCCGAAGCCUGGAAACUCGGCACCGCGAAAGCGAAAAGGGCGCGCGCCAUGCCGGCGCCGACAACGAAUACAACCACGACCACGACAACAACCGACACGAAACACCCGUGGCUCCGGCUCCUAGCCUCCAUACCCGACGGUCUCCGCGAGAUGAUCAACUCGAGAGCAUGCAGGAGUGCCGUCAUGUUCAACGACAAGCUCGACGUCUGGCAAUGCGAGGCGCUGGUUCGGCGUCUGGCCUGCUGUGCGCUCCCUUUCCAGUGCGCGCAUGGGAGACCGUCGAUGGUCCCGCUCGUCGACUUGGAUUGUUGUGCCUCCUCUGUUGUCGGCAACGGUAUUCCCUGCGCCGACGUCGUUGGGGGUGUAAGUGUCUCCGGAGAUGUGGUGCCUUUCAAGGCGGCUUUCGGGGCGUGGCAGUCUCGUCAAACCAAGGUCUCCUCGCGUGGACAUUCGAGGGGCACGGGCGGGGGAGUUGAAGAUUGAGUCAUGAUAUUCGGCAGUUUGGACUGAAUAGGCCAAUUAUAUAUACAUAUACAUGUACAACAACUAAUGCAUGUAUAACAAGCGCCAUAUCUGCACAGAGUGUCUUUGAUUCAAUCAAUUGGGAGUUAAUCAUCAAGAGAACCUUACUCUGGGAGUCUAUCUAUGUGAAUAGCACUUUAGAACCAUUACUAUC